UUGACUAUUAUCGUGGUCUUUCAGAUUCGGUCAGCACAAGUUCUCAUUUGAAGUCUGUACUUGAACGACCUGCCACAAUUAUUAUGAACAAUGCACCCCUUUCGAACCUAAACAAAUUGCCCUUCUGUGGUGGAAAGAGCAUGUCACUUACAAAUAAGCGGGGAGCAAUACUUGUACCAUUUGUGAUGGCCUCUGAAAGUACUGGAACAGCAAAAUCCAGUGGUAAUCAUCAAAAUGGAUCAGUGGAGAAGAAAUCGUUGCAGGCUACGUUCCCCAAUGGUUUUGAGACACUGCUCACAGAAGUCUGUGAGGAGACAAAAGUCGCUGAGCUGAAAAUUAAGUUUGGAGGCUUUCAAAUGCAUGUGAAGAGGAACAUUGAACCUACACCCACUCCGGAACCAAUUGUUUCUCCCACAUCUGCACCACCUGUUCCAAGUGAACCAAUGAAUGAAUCAGCUCCUGCUGCUCCUCCACCAUCGCCAUCAAAAUCUUCUGCAGAAAAGAUCAGCCCAUUUACAAAUGUUGCUGCCGAUAAGGCAGCGAAGUUGGCUGCACUGGGGGCUUCAGGAUCAAGUGGCUAUGUUAUCUUGUCAUCUCCACAGGUUGGUUCAUUCCGAAGGGCCAGGACUUUGAAAGGAAAGAAGCAACCUCCUGCUUGUAAAGAGGGCGAUGUUAUCAAAGAAGGACAAAUAGUAGGCUUUUUGGAUCAGUUUGGUUCCGAACUUCCAGUCAGAUCAGAUGUGGCUGGAGAAGUCCUGAAGCUCCUUUAUGACGAUGGAGAAGCUGUUGGUUAUGGAGAUCCCCUUGUAGCUGUCUUACCAUCAUUUCACGGUAUCGAAUAAAAUCACCUGAAGCAGUGAUUUUCAUUAGAAUUUCUGGAGAUUAUUAAGCUUGCUAAGUGCAUUCUUUCUUCUUAAUUUUCUUUUCAUCUUCUUGAGCUAUUGCCCUGUAAUUUGGGGACACUUUUGUAGCUGAUGUGAACUUGCUUUGUUUGUGAGUGUAUUUGGAUUUAUAGAGAGAACUGAUUUUGUAUGAUAAAAUAAUUUCCCCUAAAACAAUAUUUCUUUU